AUGGCUCACUCAGCAGCCCCCGGCCUCCCGCUCCCCAGCACGGCCCUCCUGCAGGACUGGGGCUGCCGUGGACCCCCGGACCCCGAGGGCUACAGCAGCAGCUCACCCGCACCUUCGCCCGACUCCUGCGGCCUCUCGUCUCCCGCCGCUGCCCGGGGACCCUGCCGUGGUCCUGCCACCCCCCGCCUGCGGGGUGGCCCCGGGGGCAGGAAGGGGGUCCGGGGCCCGGGGCCGGGGGGCCCGCGGCAGAGCGCCAGCGAGCGGGAGAAGCUGCGGAUGCGGCGGCUGGCGCAGGCACUGCUGCGGCUACGGCACUACCUGCCGCCCGCGCUGGCCCCCGCGGGCCAGAGCCUCACCAAGAUCGAGACCCUGCGCCUUGCCAUCCGCUACAUCGCCCACCUCUCAGCCCUGCUGGGGCUCAGCGAGGAGGCGCUGGCCCGGCGGCGAGGGGCAUCCCCCCGGCACUGCCCCCUCUGCCCCCAGGGCCUGGGGUGCUGCCAAAGCCCGGACCCCUGCCUGCACCCACCAGCCCCAGCCCAGCAGGAUGCCUCACCCCCUGGCACUGUUGGCUGGGGGUCACCUCCCAUGGUGGGGACCCCCCUGGAGCUGCAUGGGGUUCCUGGCGUGGGGACGGGGGCCUGGGGGUCGCCCCCCUUCACCCCUGCAACAGGAACCCCCCUGGAGCUGCACGGGGCUGUCGCCUCCAACGUGUCCUCCUGGCUGUCCCCUCCUCACUGCACAGAGACAGGGGCCCCCCCGGACCUCGCUGGCGACCCCCUCCUGGACGCGGGGCUGAUGCUGCCGGAGUUCGUGGAUGCAGGGACAGUCACCCAGGAGCUCUCUGCAGACCUGCUCUCUCUCUUGGAGGCUCUGCUCCCACCGCAGCCCCAGGACUGA